UAGACCCCAUCGAACACCAUAGUCUGGCAUUGUCUUUGCUGAGCGCUAGUUCAGAGUGUUUUUGAUCCCAAAUUUUUGAGACAGUGUUUGUGCUAAUGCUAGUGCUUCUGUUUGUGUUUGUGUUUGGCAAGGACAACGGCAGCAACAACAACAACAAGAACAGUAAACGGUGGCAGUUACAAUGUUAAUUGCGCCAGCUUAGUUGCAACGAACAACAACAAACAGCAAACAAACAACAACAAACAAGAGAAGAGCAGCAGCGACGCGUUGCAACGGUAGCAACAAGCACCACAACGGGCCACUUAAACCGGAAAUAGACUAUUAAACGUUCACACGCAGCCCCCCUUUUCCAACACACACACACAUACAUAUACACAAAUACAGUUGCAGCAUCAUAUGGUGCGAAAGCCAAGCAGCUGAACAACAAAAACGCAGCUACGUCGCUCUCGCUCUGCUGCUCUCUCUCAAGGUCGUCGAAGUGGGGUCUGCUGUCUCUUCGCAGCACAGAAGACGCCAGCAACGAACUCCACCCGCAACACGUUAGCAACAGCCAACAGCCAACUGCCAACAACCGACAGGCAACAGCCAACGUCGAACCGCAACCGGGUUGAAGCAACGAGGACGCAACCACAACACCAGGCGAUACAGUUCUCGACAAACUUUAGACGCGAAUGCAAGUGAGGUAAUUGCCAGCUCCGAAAAAUAGGCAACAAUCUGCUCUCAGCGGAAACGGAAGUAAACAGUUUGAGCGGAAUUCAAGUGUUUGACGUUUUGCGCGCGUUCCUCAAUAACAUUUCGCCAUUUAUCAAAUAAACUGCUCUCAUCCGAAGAUCAACGCGAUCCCAGGAUAUAUCCAAAGGCCAAAAAAUCUGAUCCUUUUAUUUACGCGCGCGUUGUUAUAGAAAAAGAGUUAAAGUGCAUUUCCUAAAUAUUCCAACCUUUUUAACUCCGUUUGUUGCAUUGGAUCAACGAUCGCCGUUGACGGUGGAUUCCUCCUGCCCCAAACGGAAAAAAUGCGAUAUGGAUCGAGAGCGCGAAAGAGAUGUCAAGGCCCUGGAGCCACGCGAUUUGUCCUCCACGGGCCGCAUUUAUGCCAGAAGCGAUAUUAAAAUCAGCGCUUCGCCCACCGUCUCGCCAACGAUCUCAAACUCCUCUUCACCCACACCGACGCCGCCCGCCAGUUCCUCAGUGACGCCCCUGGGCCUGCCGGGGGCGGCGGCGGCUGCUGCUGCCGUAGCAGCCGCUGCUGCCGCCGGCGGAGCGGCAUCGGCGGGGGCCAGUUCCUAUUUGCAUGGCAACCACAAGCCCAUCACCGGAAUUCCGUGCGUGGCAGCCGCCUCCCGGUACACCGCCCCCGUCCACAUCGAUGUGGGCGGCACCAUCUACACCAGCUCACUGGAGACACUUACCAAGUACCCGGAGUCGAAGCUGGCCAAGCUCUUUAACGGCCAGAUACCGAUUGUGCUCGACUCCCUCAAGCAGCACUACUUCAUCGACCGGGAUGGAGGCAUGUUCCGUCACAUUCUGAACUUUAUGAGAAACUCAAGACUUCUGAUUGCCGAGGAUUUUCCGGAUCUGGAGCUGCUGCUGGAGGAGGCACGCUACUACGAAGUGGAACCGAUGAUUAAGCAGCUGGAGAGCAUGCGCAAGGAUCGCGUACGCAAUGGCAACUAUUUGGUGGCGCCACCCACUCCACCGGCGCGCCACAUCAAGACGAGCCCGCGGACGAGCGCGUCGCCGGAGUGCAAUUACGAGGUGGUGGCGCUGCACAUCUCGCCGGACCUGGGCGAGCGCAUAAUGCUAUCGGCGGAACGGGCGCUCCUCGACGAGCUCUUCCCGGAGGCCAGCCAGGCGACACAGUCGAGUCGAAGUGGCGUAUCCUGGAAUCAGGGCGACUGGGGGCAAAUCAUCCGCUUUCCCCUCAACGGCUACUGCAAGCUGAACUCUGUCCAGGUGCUGACGCGACUCCUCAACGCCGGCUUCACCAUCGAGGCCAGUGUCGGGGGGCAGCAGUUCUCCGAGUAUCUUCUGGCGCGGCGUGUUCCAAUGUGAUAGGCUCAGGCUCUAGCUCCAGCUCCAUCUGCAUCUUUGGACCGCCUGGAAGCAUCAUCUCCAUCACCAUCAACAGCUUCUGCUCCAGAAACAGCAACUUCGCGUUCCAUAUCCUAUUCUGGUGCUGGCCCGGGCCCUGGCCCUCUUCGUCGUGGGCGUCUCAUCCAAGUGCGAUCCAAGCGCUAACUGGCCUAAUUUAAUUGCCAAAAAAACCAAUACAAAUAAGGGGAAUUUAUCAAUAUUUAGGACUUCAAUCAGUUAUCUGAUAUUUCAAUUUUUAGUCUAGACUUAUGUUACACUCACAUGGUUUUAUUUAAAAUAAUUUAAGACUUUAUAGGAAUGAGUCUUAUAAUGAAAUUAUUUAUGAAUUACAAAAGUUGUAAAAACUAUAAGCUUACAGAGUGUAUGAUAUUAAAUUUGAUUAAAAUCUUUUAACCUAAAUUGAAAUGUAUCUUUCGUUGCCAAAUUUCAAACCUAUUUUUGAUAUUUUGAUGGUUAAAAUUGUUCUGAAUAUCUGUAUAGUUUAAAAAUAAGAAAAAAUAAAAAUGAUGUAUGAUUAUGCGGAAACCGCAGUCUUUAAUAAUUUAUAUAAAAAGCUAUAGCAUUCUCAACAUUUUAAACUGAAAGAUUAAUAGAUACUUUCCCCCAUUAUGAUGUAUCGCCGUGGAAAAAUAAUGAGCCCACUUAAAAUUGUAGAGAUCUUGACACUUUGCUGCUCUGAGUAGAUUGUCUACUUGAGCGGAUGCAAGUUCUGAAUCUGAAUCCAAAUGUUAUUUAAUGUUUAUCAAUUAAGUUUGCUGGCACAGACACACAUGAAGUACACUCGAAUUGUGCGUAUUCUCUUUAGAAUUUAGUGAGCCAAGAGCCCAGCACUGAUUUUGUUUAUUAGCCUUGCGUUUAAGUCGUAUAUUGUUUUCUCUAAGUAUACCACCUACUGCUAAUUACCUUGAGGUGUUACAUUAAAUCAAAUUGGCCACGAAUUGUCGCUGGCAUAAAUUACCCAACCAACACAACCAACACACCAAACACACAAUCACAAAACACUGAAAACCUAUGCUAAAGUAAUAUAAACUCUAUGAAAAAAAAAAACGAUGAAACUCACAGCAAAAAUAGUUUUGUAGUACAUAAUUGAUGUAAUUGAACUUUUAUGAAUGUAAACUAUGGGAUAACUUUUUCAAUAUAUACGAACCGACAUCUAAAUAGUCUACACCAAUUCAAAUACGAAUCCAAUUACAUGCAAAUAUAGAUAUAUUCAACAAAAUACAGUUUGCGACCACG